GAGUCAGGGACCAGACACACAUCAACCAUGCUGCAACUGAAAUGGGUAUUCUCCGUAUUAUAUCUUCUCUCGCGAUGCCCUGUGUGUGAGGCUUAUGUGGUCAGACGCUCCGGCAAGGCACGAUCAUCAGAUGAGUCUUUCUCAGGAUUUCUUUCUGACCACCCUUUUAGCAGCCUGUCAGGUUCCUGCAAAAACAGGUGCUUUGAACUAGUGGAAAGUGAACCCCCAAACUGUCGCUGUGACAACCUGUGCAAAACAUACAAUACUUGUUGCUCAGACUUUGAUGAGCACUGCCUGAAAACAGCUGGGGACUUUGAGUGCAGUAAAGACCGCUGUGGUGAAACUCGCAAUGAACAGCAUGCCUGUCACUGCUCAGAGGACUGCAUGGCUAAAGGAGACUGCUGCACCAACUACAGGUCUCUCUGCAAAGGUGAUGUUCCCUGGUUGCAGGAAGAGUGUGAAGAGAUUAAAAACAACGAGUGUCCAGCUGGGUUUGUUCGGCCGCCGAUCAUCAUGUUGUCUGUUGAUGGCUUUCGUGCAUCUUACAUGAAAAGAGGAAGCAUGGUGAUCCCCAAUAUUGAGAAACUCAGAUCAUGUGGAACACACGCACCAUACAUGAGACCUGUGUACCCCACCAAAACCUACCCAAAUUUGUAUACAAUUACAACAGGGCUUUAUCCCGAGUCGCAUGGAAUUGUGGGUAACUCCAUGCAUGACCCUGGCUUUGAUGCCAACUUUAACAUCCGUGGGAAAGAAAAGCUUAACCAUCGAUGGUGGGGAGGACAACCUAUCUGGAUAACAGCAGUGAAACAGGGAGUAAAGGCUGGUACAUUUUUCUGGCCAGUUGGCAUUCCAUUGGAAAGGAGAGUUCUGACCAUGUUGCAGUGGCUUCACCUUCCGGAUGCGGAGAGGCCAUAUGUUUAUGCAAUGCAUUCUGAACAGCUGGAUUCCUGUGGCCACAAACUAGGACCCCACAGCACUGAGCUUGACAGUGCACUGAAGGACAUUGAUAAGGUGAUUGGACAGCUAAUGAAUGGCCUGAAACAGAUGAAACUGCACCGUUGUGUCAAUAUCAUCUUGGUUGGAGACCAUGGCAUGGAGGAAGCUCAUUGUGACCGCACAGAGUUCCUGAGCUCUUACAUGUCCAACACUGAGGACAUCAUCCUAAUUCCUGGGUCUCUGGGAAGAAUUCGCGCCCGAAAUUCAAACAACUCUAAAUAUGAUGCAAAAGCAAUUGUAGCAAACCUUACGUGUAAAAAGCCAGACCAGCACUUCAAACCUUACUUGAAGCAGCAUCUUCCCAAACGUUUGCAUUAUGCCAACAACCACAGAAUUGAGGAGGUUCACUUGAUGGUUGAGAGGAAAUGGCACAUAGCACGGAAGUUCUAUGAAUCAAAAAGGAAUCAUGGGAAAUGUGGGUUUGCUGGUGAUCACGGAUAUGACAAUAAGAUCAACAGCAUGCAGACCAUUUUCCUUGGAUAUGGACCAUCUUUCAAAUUCAAGACAAAAAUUCCACCUUUUGAGAAUAUUGAGCUUUAUAAUGUCAUGUGUGAUCUCCUUGGUUUGAAGCCUGCCCCUAAUAAUGGUACCCAUGGUAGCCUUAACCAGCUUUUGAGGGCCCCUGUAUACAUACCCAGCAUGCCUGAAGAAGUGUGCAAGCCAAACCCUGUAGGACCAGUCACAGCUCUUAAUGAUGACCUGGGCUGCACCUGUGAAGACAAGAACAAGGUGGAAGAGCUCAAUCAACGACUGAGACAAGUUAUUGAUGACAACAGAAAUCUUCCCUACGGUCGGCCAGCAGUCAUGUUCCGCACCAAGUACUACAUCCUUCAUCAUAGUGACUACAUUAGUGGCUACAGUGAAGCUUUGUCCAUGCCUCUCUGGACGUCUUAUACUGUAUCUAAACAGGUAGAUUUCACCCCUCUGACUGAGGCUCUGAGUAACUGUGUUCGGCUUGAUAUUAGAGUUCCUUCAGCCUACAGUCAGUCCUGCUCAAACUACCACGGAGACAAACAGAUCUCCUACAGCUUCCUCUAUCCACCUCAGUUGUCCUCCUCUCAGGAAGUGAGAUAUGAUGCCGUUCUCAUUACCAACACUGUACCAAUGUACCCAGCAUUGAAACGUGUUUGGGGUUAUUUUCAGAAAUCACUUGUGAGACGUUAUGCUAUUGAGAGAAAUGGAGUGAAUGUGGUCGUUGGACCCAUCUUCGACUAUGACUACAAUGGUCUUAGAGAUUCAGCAGAGACAAUAAAACAGUAUGUCAGAGGCUCUGUGCAAAUCCCAAGUCAUUACUACAUUGUGGUUACUAGUUGUCUGGAUUACACACAGACUGUUGACUCCUGUGCUGGUCCUCUCAGUGUGUUCUCUUACAUCCUUCCACACCGAUCAGAUAAUGAAGAAAGCUGUAAUAGUUCAGAGGAUGAGACAAAGUGGGUCGAGGAACUGAUGAAGACACACACAGCACGUAUACGAGACGUGGAGUUACUUACAGGACUGGACUUUUAUCGCCGCACCAGCAGGUCCUUUGAGGAGAUUCUCUCUUUAAAAACUUACUUACACACAUAUGAGAGUGAGAUCUAAACCACUGCAUCCCAGCAUUAGCAUUCCCUACAUCUUAACUGUCUGGAUGCAGAAGUAAGGUGUAUAUUUUUAUACAAACUAUCAUAUUUAUUGUUCUUUUAUUGCUAAUCCUAAUGCUAUUUUUUUACAUUCUCCUCCUUUAUGACAGUGACAUAUAUGCAUGAGCAAUUUUUUUAAUGAAUUUUGUAAUAAUACUUAAUAAAAGUUUUGACCUGUCAUGUUUGAUAUGCUGAAUGUAACAAAAUUAAAAGAUAUCUGUACUGUAAACUGUAAUCAAACCUGUUCUGUUGUGACAUCUGUGAGGUGUUUUGUUUGUUUUUCAUUCCAUUAAACAGU